AUAUCGCCGGCAUGUCAAAAUAUUGACAAUUGCUCGUUUACAUACAAUUGUUUGAAAAUCUCCGUGUAUAGAAAGGAUAAGUGUAAACCCUCGAAGUUCAUCCCUUGAGCUAAAGCUGAUUGUUCUCUGAGGAAACAGGGCCCUACCCAGGAAGCACCCCCCACAAUGGAGAACACAAUGCUUACCCAGAUUAAGCGCCUGUACGAGUUCGAGAUGUAUGCGGAUGUCCUUUCAGUGGCAAGUCUUCUUCACACAAUUGCCGAGAACGAUCGCUCCACCCUCACCUAUGACCAGGAGUACCAGUUGUACCUGUUCGAGGCGAACGCGUUCUACUUUGAACGUCGUUUUCGUUGUGCUGAGCUCCACUAUCGCUUAGCCCUCCAGGCCAAGCAGUUCAUUAUGAAGCAGAAGAACGCCUUCAAUGCAGUUUGCAUUGAUGCCAUCAACGAAUACUUCCCCGAGCCGGAACUCAAGUAUCGGAUGGCGGUAUCGUUACAAGAGAUCCAACAGACGACGGACGCAAUCAAGCUCCUGCAGUCCAUUCCCUUCAAGCAACGCACACCCAAGAUCAACUUUCUCCUGGCCAAAUUGCAACAUCACAAUAUGAACUCGAAGGCAGCUGUGAACUCUUAUACGGAUGUGUUGAGGGAGUGCCCGUUGUCGCUGGAGGCGAUAAGGUGCUUGCUGGAGCUGGGAACCAAUGGGAUUGAAGUGAACUCGUUGAUUGUCAAUGUCAGCUCGUCCCCCCAAUGCAUCGAUUGGCUCAACAGCUGGAUUAAAGCGCAUGAUCAACUCUACAGCCAGAAAUUCCUCCAGGCGGCGGAAACAUUCAAAUCCUUGAAUCAAAUAUCGAAAAUACGCAACAACGAACUCCUUCUCGUCAACAUCGGUGAGAGCUACUACUACAACGGAAGCUACGCAUUAGCCCUACGCUUCCUCUCACAGGCUCACAAAAAAAAACCUAAUAUGAUCGAAGGACUUCAAUCACUUGCGGCCAUCUAUUACUAUCUCGACAAAUUAGCUGAACUCGAAAAGCUGACUCCGCCCUCCCUGAACAUUUCCGAAUACACAGCAGAAAAUUGGUUUGUUCUCGGUCAGACAUUGUAUGCAGGCGGGAAAUUUGAGAAAGCAGCAUAUUUCGCGCAGAAGUCAAUCUAUCAGAAUCCACGAAACGCUGAAGCGUAUUUGUUGAAGAUGAGGAUAUUUUUUCAAUUGAAGAAGUAUCGGGACGCAUUGAAUUUCCUGCGAACUGUUCAGAAUAUUGCACCGUAUCGGUUUGAAGCGAUCAAGGGAAUUGUGGAUUGUUAUUUGGCAACAAAUCGAGUGGCUGAUGCACAGACAAUUGCAGCACAUGCAGUUAGGACUAUUGGGCAAACGCCUAGGACAUUGGUGCUACUCGCAAGGACCUUUCCCAAGGAUGCAAUGCAUCGGAAAAAAGUUAAAUCAUAUCUGACGAAAGCUCUCGAACUGGACGAGUACUACUAUCCUGCCGUUUGUCUCCUAGCCGAAGUUAUGCAAGAUGAGGGCGAUAUUGCCGGUGCGUUGCGAGUGCUAAAAAAACAAGUGGCUGCUCAUCCCAACGUGCGAUUGCACUCUAUGCUGGGAGAUAUUUUAAGCUCCGAAAAGGACAUGGAAGCCGCCCUGGAACAUUACACAUCAGCUUUAAACUUAGAUCCAACGAACAUUCAUGCAUUAAGCGGCCUCAGCGCAAUGGGAUGCUCACGUAGUACGACCGCCAAACCGGAGGAAUACUCAUACAAUACAUCGUCAACAAAUGAUGAGCCGGCAAUGGAUUUCCAGGAGCACAGCUUUGAAAUGGUAGAAAUAUCUCCUGCACUGGCUAAUGCUGAGCCUGAUGGUGAAGCGCUGUGGUCAGAAGCGUACGACAGCGAAGAGGAGGUUAACCAUAAUUAGCGGAGAUGAUCCGGGGAGUGUGAUAUUGGUGAAUUGUGUGUUUAUUGUUAUUUAAUAAAAAUUAGUAUAAAA